GAGUGAAUGAAAUAAUGUGAGGGGAAGACUUGCAAAAAAAAGAUCUUUCAUGUUACUAUAUAAAAUUUUUGCUUGCGCUUCGCGCCAGAUUUGCCUGUUCGAUGAGAUUCAUAUCUUGCCCAAUAGGCUGAUAUGGAGCUAGACCAAAAGCUUCAGUCUCUGUUGUGUUGGUUGUUCAGCUGAACUCCGUUGGCUUCACUCACCAAAUACAGAGACCGAAGUUCUAGCGCGAUCUGUACAGGGGACUCAAUGGCCAUAUGUUUAUGUACUUAAGAGCGGAUAAAACGGGGAAGUGAAUUUGCGCAACAGCCGAGGUAUGUCUAUUUGUCUCUCAGCGAGAAAGUUUCCAUCAACAAUCAUGAUGAUGAGGAUGAUGGCUACAGCUGCUGCUACAAACAGCAAGGCAAAUCUGGCGAAGCUGAGAAGGAAGACUGGGUUCAGUUUUGUAAACUGCCGGAAGGCCCUUGAGAAAUUCAAUAAUGAUGUUGAUCAGGCAGAGGUUUGGUUGAGAGAGCAGGCCCAAAAGGAAGGUUGGAGCAAGGCUACCAAACUACAGGGAAGAGUUACAGCUCAGGGUCUUAUAGGGGUCAUGUGUCAGUCUAACUCUGCUAUUAUGGUUGAGGUGAAUUGUGAGACUGAUUUUGUAGCACGUAAUGCCAAGUUCCAGAACCUUGUUAGCCAUGUAGUGUCUGCUGCCCUCCUAAGUCAGAAAGGCAAACAUGCAAAUCAGGAUAUUUUGAAACUCCCUCUAUCUGCCGAAGAUAUGAAGUCAUCAGUGGGUGAGGAUGGUAAAUCAAUGGAAGAUCUGACAGCCUUGACGAUAGGUCAGGUCGGGGAGAACAUGUCAAUCAGGAGAGGGCUGUAUCUAGAAGCACCUCAAGAAUUGUUCAUUGGUUCUUAUGUUCAUUCAGCACUUCAAAAGCCCCAGGACAACCAGGGCAAGUGCACCAUGGGUAAAUAUGCCGCCAUUGUUGUCUUCAAGAACUUGGGAGAAACAACACCCAAUUUCCGCCCAGAGGUGCUUGGGAGGAGGCUAUCACAGCACGUUGUUGGGAUGAAUCCACUUAGAAUAGGGGUGUAUUCACCACCAGAUCCUGAGGAGCUGGAAUCAAAGGAGACAGCUCAACCACCAGAUUCUGACCCAACUGACGAUGAUGCCCCUGUGCCAUCAUCAUCUUCAGAAACAGAGACGGAUGAGAUGGUGAAUCAGGAAUAUUUAUUGGAUCCAAGCCUUACAGUUGGAGAACUAUUGCUUCAAGAAAAUGUUGAGGUUGUGGACUUUGCUCGUUUUGAAUGCGGGGAAUCUACAGGAGAGAGUUGAAAAGAGAUCACCGAAUGAACAUUCAAUAGACAAGAACAUUCGAAAGUGUACCAAAAUAUAGCACUCGUAUGUUCGUCUAGAGCAAGUCAAAUGUUUGAAAGCUAUGAUUGCAACUUUUUGAUUUACACGUUGACUAGUAGACUGCUAUGCAAGUAUUUCAUAGUUUUCCAAAGAACACCUUUUUGUUAAAAUAAUGGACAGUGUGUGCUUGUGCAUGCUUUGUGUAUCGCAGUGCUACAGCUCACCCAUCUUGUAUACUGUUAACACAAUGCAGACUACUUGAGUAGUAUCAUGACGUAGUAGUAGUCCAUGGGUGAACUUGAAAAGUCCUUAUUGAUGAAAUUUAUGGGGAAAAAGUAAAUGAAAUUUUCUGACAUUUGGAGGAUUUAAGUUGAUGUAGCUACAUCAAGUUGAAUUUAAUUAUAUUCAUCACUUGUUUACUUUAAUAUAAUAAAAAUAAUUAAUUACGAACAUUUUUAUCAUGUUUUGAUAUAAAUCAUAUGGGACUUGCUGGAAAUCCUAAAAAGCGUUACACUUGUAAAGCAAAUGCUAUAUGAUUGUAUAACUAUUCUCCAUCCCUCCAUUUUCUAUCUCCCUCUCUCUCUCUUAGUCAUUUGCUGAGUCUCCAUCACCCUGUUGUAAUAUUGCACUGUACGAUGUUUGAUGGUAAAUUAGGGAAGCCAUUUUUCAACAGAGUGCUAUUUUUGGAUUUUGUGUCGAUAAUAUGAACUUAUAUUGUUUCAUAGUGAAGCCAUAAUUUCUGCAAGUCCUGCAAUUACACAUGUACAUGUUUAGGAAACCAAAAGAUAGUUAUUGCAUUUCCCUGAACAUUACCAUAAUUUAUGAAUCUUUGCCUUCUGAAGAUUAAAUCACAGAUUAAGAUCUGUUUUCCAAUGAAGCCCUCCCUGCAUGAUUACAGAAAUGCAAAAAAGUAUGCCAGAGAUUACUCAUGCUAGGGUGUAUGUGCGUUAUACAGAUAUCAUAUGUAAAACAUGUUUUCAUGUUCUUUUGAAAUGUUCCAGUAAUGCUGGAAAAGUCAAAACUGCACGAGUUUGAAAUAUGGAUAAUAUUCUAAAUAUAUGUUCAUAUUAAACUGAAAUAUGUGUUAGUAAAGAUGUUGGGUAUUGUCCAUUACGAAGACAGGUAAUUUCUGGUUUCUAUUUUUAUCCAGAAAGGAAAGUCCCCGCCCAUUGAAAAAACUUAUCAUGGCACUAAAUUGGCCAAUUCUGGUACACGGGGCAUGAAGAAAAAUUGAUGAAAUAAUACUGUUACAGUAACUUACAUAAAUCCAGCCCUUUGUCAUUAUAACUAAAACAGUAAUCAAAAUUGUUUUUAUUGGAUAUCUUUUUUUUGGGGGGGGGGGGAGGAUUUGGUUGAAAACAUGAUUGCUCAAACCGGAUUUGGUAUGACCAGGCUUUUCUUAAACUUUUCAUUCCUGGAUAAUAUUCAAUUAUUACAUUACAAAAUUGCUUUUUAAUAUGGUUAACCUUAGAUUUAAUCAUGCUCGAGUUAAAAUGUUUGAUCAGGACAUGAGUAAGAAAAAUCAAUAACUCUUACAAUUUUUUUUACCCCUAUCAAAGUUUGAGAACAUCAGAUUAUCAUGAUGAAAGAUUAACCAUCCUUUGGAUUAUUUUGAAUUUGACAAAAUCAACUGCAAUUUAUGGUCAAAUCACAAUUCUAUCCUCCCACAGGACCAUUAUUUGAUUAUUUGAAGUCUUUAAAAAGUCAUUUCAUUCAUCCCUCCAUUAUUCAUUAAAUUACCUUCAUGGAACUUGAGUGAAUAAUUGAAGACAUUCACUGAAGUUUAGCAACCAAUUUGGCAUAUGUAUACUUGUUAAUGUAAAACAAAUAAAAUCAAAUAUAAAAUAUGAA